CUUUCACUGAUAGCACAAGGAACCUAGCUGGCUAGCAGAAGUUCGUGAAAGAAAACAACGGAGCGCCUUACCUGCGAAACGACUGUCAUGGCUGUGUUGUGGUGUAAAUUGUGACAACUAACGCCAAGAUGAUGAACGACAUAAUCGAGGAGCCAGAAAAAGACACCCUCCUGGAAACGCAGCAGGAGCCACAAGUUUUGUCGGGAUCUAGUAGUGGCACAAGACCUAAGACCACAGAUGGAGGUAUCAGGCCAGUGGAGAAAAGAGGGCCUUACAUCAUGUCCAGAGCUCCAGCCAUCCACCUCAAACUACAGAAACACAGAGAGAUGGCGAGGAAAGCGCUCAAGAAGAAAGCCCUCUCCGGGGGAACUCCAGUGAUGCAUCAACCCAGACAAGGAGUUAAAAGGACAGUGAAGUACAACAAGGGCUACGCUGCUCUGAGUCAACACGCUGAAGAAACGUUGGUUGCACUGGACUCAGACAGUGACGAAGAGAUCGACUUUGAGCAGUAUUCCUCAGGAUACUCCUCCGCUGAGGUCCAUCCAGAUUUAAGCAGGCAGCUGCUUCAGGAUGGCUACCGUCUGGAUGAGAUCCCGGAUGACGAGGACCUGGACCUGAUUCCACCCAAAGCCAUGGGCUCCUCUGUGUGCUGCUGCUCCGAGGGCCCGUCAUGCUCCAUGCAGUGACGUCAGAGCUGGGACUUGGACCUUUGAAGGCUGGACUCUGACUUCAGCUGGCCUUAGACGCUGCUGCCUGACGCCUUCUCUUUACUGCAGCUCCGCUGCUGCACGCUGCCUGAGGACUUCCAGCCCUGAAGCCAAACUACUCCUUCUGCAGCAAGGUGUGCUGAGAUCGCUCGGCCCCUAUGAAGAUGCAGAUGGACGUGAGAGCAAGCCUUAUCUACUGUGACCCCCAAAGUUUGACCAAUUCUAUUUAUUUAUCCAGUUUACUUUUGAUAGGAUUAUCCAGAAUGGUAAUUACAAAUUACAUUUCUGCAACAGUCUCAGCACGGCACACACACAAGUGUGAUGGUUUGUAUGUUGAUGCUUUUAUCCUUUCAUGAAUCUGCAUAAAAGUUACUGAUUUAUCAGAGCUAAAUGAAAUAAUGCCACCACACUGACAACCCACACAAUGCAUUAUUAGUCUUUUUUCUGCUACUUGUAUCCUCAGAAACUCCAUUUGUUUGACUUCUAAAUGACAUGACCACCACAUGGAUGUAGCACCUAUUCUAACCAAACGGCACAAAAGCACCAAAUUGAAAUAGAAAGUUUAAGUAAAACUACUUAAUUUCUUCAUGUUUUAUGUGUAAUGAGUAAAUGUUGAUACCAUUUACAAAAGAAGUAAUUUGUUAACAAGUUUUCACUGAGCAAAUUACAACAAAGCAAGUAGACGUACAGGGAGACGUUUCCGUACAGCUGCUGAUACCAGCCAGAUGUUUGACCCCAAAUGCAAGUUCCUUAGCUAAAGUGCUUCUACGUGUGACAUGUUAUUACAUUUGGACUUUACAACCUGUGUAUUGCAUAUUGAACUGAUUUGAACUGAAUGGAAAAAACUUUACAUUUCCCAAAAAGCAAAGUUAUUUCUUCAGCAUAAAGACUCUUAUGAUAGGUUUCCUAAUAAAAAUGGUCAGAUUAGCAGGUCAUAUAUGGUCAGUGUCUUGUCCCAAGACAUUUACACAUUUAAUUAAAAAGAAACAUUUACAACAUAAAUUCUAAUUUUUAAGAAAUUGAUUUGCUAAAACAAAUUAAGAGUAAUUUUUAAAGUCCAUGUUUACGUUGGCUUAAAAUAUAUACAGUAUGUAGCAUUUUGCUUUUAAAAACAUUAUCCAGCAUCUCAUGAAACUCCUAAGAAGAAAAAGUGUGUGGACAUCAGAUUUGAGUCAUAUUAUUUAUAUAUUUAUUAUAUUUUUGUACACUAAAAAGUUAUUUACGUAACAUUCAGACCUAAGUUCAAACCACGUUAGUUUUUUAAGACAUUUUCUGUUUGUGUUGUGAUGUUUGUAGUUGCUUUUCACACAACAUACACAGAUAUAUAAUCUGAAAAAGAAAAGUAUUUCUCUGUUCUACUUUAGAAAAUGUAUCUGUUAAAUACAGUCUGGGUUGUACUUUUACUGUUAACUAGUUUAUUUUGAGACUAUGUCAACACAUACUUCUAGAUGUCAGAGACAGUGACAGUGAUCACCUCAGGAGAUUUUUGUCUUGUGUGUGAGUGUGAUUGCACAAAUAGAUGAAUUUGUUUGUUGCAUAUAUUUGUGCAAUUGAAGUUUGGAAAUUGCACAACUGGUUUGGUGCAUAAAGGUCUUAAGUCAGGAUGAAUAUGUUGCUACUAAGGAUUUUCUCAUGCUGUUAUGUUGUCACACUACAUCAUAUGCAUUAAAAAGCAGAAAAACCACAUGACAGUAACAAAGUUGAGGACUGGAAACGGUUUCUGUUAGGAUUAAUUAAACAUGUUGGACUAACUUCAGAGAGGAGGGAUCGGAUCAGAAAGUGGAUUUUGGAGAUGUGCGUUUGAGCCCCCUAGCCCUUCAAGGUUGAACUGAUCAUUCUGUUACACCAAGUCGGGAAAAACUUGAUUCAAUCAAAAUGCUUUAAAUACAUGAGUUGAAUUUUAAGUGUAUUGACCCAACUUUGACUUUGUGCUUAGUUUUUUUAUAUAUAUAAAAUUUUGCACUUAACACCAGUGGUCAGUAGCGAGUACACUUGACUCACCUGUGCUAUGCAACUUUUGGGACAAUCUGUUUGUUAUACAACGUUGUGCAAAGGUUGUGUUAUUGAGUGCUAAAUGCAAUAACUUUGUUUUUUUUUCUGUUAUGGUAAUAGUUUUUUUUUAUUUUAUUGUGCCAUUUAUUGGUUUAUAUUAUUAAAUAAAACACAAAUAACUGUU